AUGGCGCCGGUGCGUGUCGUAAUCCUGCCAGGCAACGGCUCCGGCAGCGUCUACAAUGCCAACUGGUAUGGGUGGCUCCACCAGCGCCUGCACAAGCCGCCCGCCAUCACCUGCGUGCUGCGCAACAUGCCAGACCCCGUGGGUGCCAGGGAGAGCAUCUGGCUGCCCUUCAUGGCGGGAGAGCUGGGGGUGGGCCAGGACACCGUUGUUGUGGGGCACUCUUCAGGCGCGGCCGCAGCCAUGCGCUUCGCGGAGACCAAGCGCGUUGCAGGCAAGCAUCGCGUGCUAUGCGAUUUGGGGGGCAGCCUGGUCCUGGUGUCUGCGUACACCUCUGACCAGGGGGACGAGCUUGAGGCGCGCAGCGGCUACUUCAACCGGCCCUGGGAGUGGGACAAGAUCCGGUCCAACGCCGGGUUUGUGGUGCAGUUUGGGUCCACUGACGACCCCUUCCUGCCAUGGGCGGAGCAGCAGGAGGUGGCGGACGGCCUUGAGGCAGAGCUGCACAAGUUUGAAGACAGGGGCCACUUCAUGAACAGCAGGCUGCCAGAGCUGGCAGAGGUGUGCGUGGCGGCAUUCUUCACUGGCAGCCGCUCGGCACGAGCAGCUGAGAGCCGCGGCGCGAGCAGUGAAUGGCUGCCCAGUGUCGGGUACCGGCCAGACCUGUUGGAGAAGCUGGAGAAGCAGGUGGACGAGCAGGCUGCUGGCGCCAAGCCGUUCAGCUUGGACGCGUCCUUGGCGGUGCUGCGUCUCUACGCGCUGCAGCCCAGCGUGGCGCGGCCCGAGACGGCGGCCAAGGUCCUGCUGCGGGCGCUGGCGCAGCUGCCGGCCGCGGACUACCGGACCUGCAUCUACCUGGUGCCAGAGCGCCUGCAGGCAAGAUGCAGCGCGGCCGAGGAGCCGGUGUCGACGCUGGUGCUGCUGGCGGCCCACCUGGAGAGCGGCAGGCUGCCAGACUUCUGGGCGCUGGCGCAGGGCUCGCGCGAGCUGCUGACGCUCGUCCCUGGCUUCAUGGACGCCGCGCGGCGCUUUGUGGCGCACAGCCUGACCAUCACGUUUGCGCGGCUGCCCAAGCGCCAGGUUGGGGAGUCUCUGCGGCUGGAGGGGCGCGAGCUGGAGGCCUACCUGGCCGAGCGG